AUGCCUGUAAUCCCGACAACUCUGACGGCCAAGCUACCCUUCUUCAGCCCGCAACACACAGACCUGGCGGGGAGGUCGCUGUUACCAGCCCCCACUCUGACGAGAAGACUGCCCAGCCCCAAGCGCUGUAGCGCCCCGGGGACCGCCACUCACGCGGAGCCAAUCGGAACUCGCGGCGGGGCUGCUGGGUCUUCCAGGAGCGCGCAUGAGCGGACGCUGGCUACGGGUGGCCGGUCGGGAUGUAACCGGCUGCUGAGCUGGCAGUUCUGUGUCCCGAGGCUUCCGCCCGGCCGCAGCCGCACAUACGCUGCGAGGAGGAGCUUUACGACUUCCCGGUCUUCGGGGCCAGGCGCAGCAAGGGCCAGACUCUGCCCUAGCAGGCGCUGCGCGCCAACCGGCUGGCACCUGUCGCAGAAGGUGCAACCGAUCGCACUGUCGCGCGGAAGCUCCUCAAUGGCCAGCUCCAGCUGCAGCCCCAGCCGCCCACUCGCCUCUCCUGAGCCUGGGUUUUGUUUGGUGACGCUUUCAGGACCACAGUUUUCCAUCUCUAGAGGAGAAAGAAGCAUCCAGGUGCCACAUCCUCCUGCCCGGCCCGGCCUCCUUCUCCUCAGCAGAUGCCACAUCCUCCUGCCCGGCCUCCUUCUCCUCACCAGAUGCCACAUCCUCCUGCCCGGCCCGGCCUCCUUCUCCUCACCAGAUGCCACAUCCUCCUGCCCGGCCCGGCCUCCUUCUUCUCACCAGCUCAGCAUUUGCUUCUGGGAGGACUCAACCCUAGACACUCACGUAAAAGAGGAUGCCCAUGUACAGAUGUGGAAGCCGGCCCUCCAAGCUGGGAUUCAGACCCAGGGCAUGAGGCCUACGCACGCAACAUCUUCUUACCGGCAUCCCCGUGGAGCAGGGCCACCCCGGGGCACAGGAGGGCCUGGAGGUCUAGGGAUCUAAACUCAUUCCAUUCACCCAGCCUUAAGUCAGCGAGAACAUGAAGUCGGUGACCCAGCAUCCAGGUCCCCGGAUUUGCCACCUGUGUCCUUUGGUGGGGCUUCCCUUUGUAAAGCUUGAAAGAAUAAGAGGAUCUUAACAUAAUUUUAAAACUGGAAGAGACCCUGGUGACUGUGUCAUCUGAAGUCCUCAUUCUACCGUGGAGGAAGUGCGGGCCCAGAGAGAAGGGAGGUCCUCGUUGGCACAGCCGGUGAGCGGCAGGUGCAUCCCGGAGCCCGGGUUUCCGGCGCCCUCUCUGUCUGCUGCCGAGCGUCCACGUCUGUUCGGUUGUUUUUGCACACUCCUGGCUCCCAGUUAGACCGCUGCUCCCAGGCGGAACCUCUGCCACAGGGGACACAUACAUGCGGUCACCAUGGGGACCAAAUGAGGGUGGGCCAUCUUCUCAGACAGGGUGGGCCCACAAAGCUCUCCAACGCGGGGUUCUGACAGAAAGCCCAACCCAGGCCGAAAGCCGUCUUUUAAAAUAAAGUUUACUGGGUUUCUUUUUUCAUUAUAAAGUAA